AAUGGGCGUUGUCCAAGCGGUAGGCGAAGGCAUCGCAGAAACCCUAAAAACCGGAAUUGAUGGUGGAGAACUGGAGAUUGAGAUAACUGCAGUCCAUGGAGUUGGUACUCCGUCUCCAUGGGAUCUGGACCUUGAGUUGACACCCCCGUCCCCUAUCUAUCCUCUUCCUGUCUUUCCGUCUUCCCCUGGAUAGAUAGAUACCCUCUUUCUCUCAUCUCACCUCCCGUCCCCCCGACCUGGCCGCCGCGCGCCGCCACACUGCAGAGGAUCGCCGGCCACCCCUGCUGCUGCGCCACCGCACCGGAGAUAAGAUCCAGCCGUCGGCCUGCCGCUCCUCUGUUCGCCACUUCGCGGUCUUCUGCCGAGCGUCCCUCUCCGCCGUCCGCCGAGCACGAGCAGCCCCCUCCGCCGGUCGCCGGCCGCCGCUGCACUGGGCAAGACUGCAGGUGCAGCAUGGUUGUUUUCAGUGUGGGAAAUAAAUUAGAACAGAAGCAAGAGUAGGGAGUUACUCAAGAGCGAAAAGGUUUUCUUACUUCAACUUAUGUUCAGAUGACCUGCAGAAUGGCAGCAGGCAAGCAAAAGAAACGAUUGAUAAAUUCUACCUACUCAGAGCAAUACAGAUCAGGAAAGAAACCGAGGCUUCACUCAUCUAACUGUCUUAUAAGUUUAAAGUCUCAGAUUGGUCUUAAAUGGGAUGUCUGUCAAAAGAAAGUUGUGCCGAAAAAGGAACAGGUUGGAAUUUUGUGGUCAGAUUUGGCCCCUUUCAUAGAAUCCAGCCCGAAACAUCAUUCAGUGCUGGCUGAUGUUACAUAUGUUCCUCCAGAGACUUUUUCUUUGGAGAACUUGAGAGGGGUGUUAUCCUAUGAGGUUUGGUCUACAUGUCUGACAGAAGCCGAGAGAAAUUUUCUCAUACAGUUUCUUCCAAGUGAGAUUGAUGCAGAAGAAAAUGUACAUUCAUUGCUUGCCGGAGAAAAUCACCACUUCAGAAAUCCUUGUCUCAGCUGGUCCUCUUCUAUUUGUUGUGGUGAUACUCAUCCAGAUGCUGUUCUUAACAAGGAGAAGAAAAUUAGAGCUGAGGAGAAGGAACAUCGUAUUAACCUACACAAUUAUCAUUCCAACAUGGUUGAGACCUUGAAGAAAUGGAGGAAGAGAUGGCUAAGUUGUGAUGACCCAGAAAAUUUGUUCAGGUUUUACCAUGCUAAACAGAAGCAAGAAUACACGCGAUCGGCAGGUACCAAGAGUGAAUUUCCCCUGAAGGUUACAUAUAGUACUGAUGUCUCAAAGUUCAUGUCAUACAUUGAGAUUAGCGGAACACAGCACAACCUUGUUAAGGGUUUGAAACAGUCUGGUGAUGGCAUUCAGACCAAACACCUUACUCGUGUGAUUGGUGACCUUGAUAAAUUCCAUGUAAAACCUUACAGCACAUUAAUGGAGGAUGAACAAAGGAGGCUGCAUGAACAUUGGUUGAACGUAUGCAAUGAGAUACCUGCUGCUUUUGAGGUCCUUCGGGACAGGAAGAUGCUGAUAGAGAAAUUAAGAAAGUUGUUGGGCCUUGAGCUUGGAGAAAAGAAUGUACCUGUCAUGAGAAAGACAGAUCAGUUAGCAUACAGAACAAAAGAGCUCGGAAAAGAUGGUGCGUGCAGAAAUGAUAAUAGUCUAGGUUUGCAGAAUGGCAAGGUUGAACCAUUAGCUCAAGAUGUGAUGCAUAGUGGGGAUGAUCACAUACCAUCUCUUGAAGAUCGAGAUGACGGGAAAACUAAUUAUACGGAAACUUCUAUUAACCAUCACGAAAAUCUGAAUGUGAAAGAUGAAGAUAUCAUGUUAGUCGAUGGGACAGACAUUACUAGCCAGAGUGAGAAGUCUGUUGUGCAAGAUCAAGAUCACAAGGAUAUCAGCUGUGCAUAUACAGGCAUUACCUUCUCUGCGAACAACUCAGGUGAGCAGAAUGAAGAUCCCAUGGACUUGAAGUUCAGUAACGAUGACCUAGAUGUUCCAGUGGAAGAUAUUAAAAAUAUCAGCUACACAGAUACAACUGUUAAUAGUGAUAUAUUAGAGAGUAAACAGAUCAAGCCCAUGAGUUAUACAAGCAGGCAUGUUCACACUGUUGACAGCCACAAUAUGCAAGCUGAAGAUCUUGACGGCUUUGCUUACUCAGGUCCAUCCAUUCAUGUUCAUGAGCAAGAUCAGGGCCUUCAGAGUAUCGGCAACACAAUUAUGAACGGUGUUGGUCGUUGUGUGAACAAUGUACCUUCGGAGAAGUGUCAUCCAGAGAUGAAUGCAGUGAUUGUGGAUCAGGAACAGGAUGAGAACAUUAGAAUAAUGCCGUUGAACAGUUCCUCUGUACUUUCUGUGUCCUCCAGGGAGCAAGUGUUUGUGGAUGACUUCCUGGAUCCAAAUGACCAAGCAGGGAAAGAUGAAAAAUAUGUAUGGCAUUUGUCGGGCCCUCUUGAUUCCCUUUAUCAGCCUGCAGACAAUAGGACGUAUAGUGAUACAGGUGGCUCACAGAUUAAACAUGGGCAUCUCUCUGCAGUACAACAUGAUUCAGCAAUUUACUUGCAGAACGAUGUUUUAAGACGGCAGCAGGCUCAAGUCACUGUUGCAUCUGUUCUCCCAGUGGAUAAUUCUGCAUCAUUUGUGCAACCUUGCUCAAACCGUCAGAGCAAUGGCCAGCUCCAGAUAAUAGCAGAAGACAAUGGAAUGCUCCCCUCCUCCCAUGAAUGCAGAAACGUCCCCAAACAGUCGACUGAUUUACUUUCUGUGGUCAAUAACCGUUUGGCUCAAUUCACUUCAUUUUCCACUGCCAUGGAGGGGCACCAGUUAAUUGACCGCAGUCACAAUGGUCGGUACAUGCAGCAAAUUCAGAAGAAUUUGUAUCCUGGUGUGAGGUUUCCAACUAAAGGAAACUCUCCUAUAGUUGAACAGCAAUCUUUUGCUGCUUGUCGCUCUUUGGAUCGCAGAUAUAACUUGUUCCCUGUAGACCAGUCACAUAAUCUGUCUGGAUUGGGGUCAAAUAACUGCUUAACCCAAGCCUUGCCAGGUGGAAGCAACAUAGAUGGAAGUCUCUUCAGUGCCCUGGUGCAGUACGAACAGCCAUUGGCACACUUACAGUCUGGUGGGUUGAGCUCUAGCCAGCUUCCUGAAAUAAGGAAUCAAGAUGAUCCAGCUCAAAGUUUUGUUCCUACUCAUGAUAUUAACAGUGCAGUUCCAAAUACCUAUGCCUACUCCCAGACUCUGCCCACUAGUCAAAGCAGUCAAGUGGCAUCUCUAGGGUCUCUGAAUAGCAUGGGAUGGACAAACUCCAUACAACAGAACCCUGGAAUGCCCAACUUUAUGAACAGGCAGUUUCGAGGUCCCUGGACCAGAUAAGUUCAGACACAGGAUGAUUUAGGUCCUGUCUAGCUUGAUAAAGAAAUUGGGGCAAGCUGGAGCAGGAUGUUUUCGGUCAUGACUGACACAAAGCGAUUUUGAACUGUUCUGAACUUAUGAGUGUCUCAGACCUUGUGUGGAUACCUUUUGCGCAAUGUCGGUACAUAUGUGGGCGUUGGGAAUAGGGAGUCAAUUGACUGAGUUAUUUUUUUUUUGGAUUUGGUCCUGCUAUUUUGUUUUGGUUCGUGAUUCUGCCCCAAUUUCCAUGUGUAGUCUGCAAAAUAAAGCGUUUGGCUCAUAAUUCUGCCCCAAUUUCCAUGUGUAGUCUGCAAAAUAAAGCGAAUAAAAAUGUUCGUCGGUGGUGUCUGAUAG